UACCAAGUUUUUUUCCUUCUCCAUGAACACCAUAUAUUAUAUACCAUCCCUUUGAUCUCAAAGCCAACAACACUUUCAAAACACACACCAAUAGGCAGUAUCUUCCAUUUUCUUGAUCAAAUCUUAUCACAAUGGUUAACAAAGGCGUAGGCGUGUUUGUAUGUCUUGUCAUCAUUGCGUUAGAUAUAACUGCGGGUAUUCUUGGUAUUAGAGCGGAAGCGGCUCAAAAUGAGGAGAAGCAUUUGAGGUUGUGGUUGUUUGAGUGCAAACAACCAAGCCAAGAAGCAUAUAACCUUGGCUUUGCUGCCAUUGUGCUCUUAAUUGUGGCUCAUGUGUUGGCUAAUUUGCUAAGUGGUUGCACCGCUUGUAGUCAUGAGGAAAUCCAUAAAGCUUCGCUUGGGAGACAAUUGUCAUUGUUAUCACUCUUCUUUACAUGGGUAAUCCUAGCCGUUGCUUUGGGCCUCCUGGUAAUUGGGACAAAAGCAAAUCAUAAAUCAAAUGCUUCUUGUGGACUCUCGCAUCAUCAUUUCCUUUCUAUUGGAGGGAUAUUGUGUUUCGUUCAUAGCCUCCUUUCCAUCGCUUAUUACGUUACUGCCACUGCUUCAAUUCACUGAAAAGUCAAAAUCAGCAAAUGUUAUAUUUUGACUUUUUCUUCCAAAUUAACAUGUUUUCAUUUUACAGUUUCGGGUUUCAUGGAUCCCUUUUAUCAUCCUUUGUAUUGACUAAUUUACACCUAUCUAAUGUAUUGAACUUUUUAGUCUUCGUAGGAGUUGAAAGGUAAUUUACCAAAUGUAAUGUGUUGAAAUGAAAUUGAAAUGUUGUUUAAUAAAUUUAAGAAUGGAAAUGUAUUUCACUUUCACA